UUUCUCAGAACAAAUUGUAAAUGAAACUUUUGGCGAUGUUGAUGGAGCUAUGGCAUCAUCAACCCAUAUUGUCAGCGGAGAAAUUUCAGUUGGCACCCAGCAUCACUUUCACAUGGAAACACACACGUGUCUGUGUAUCCCAAGUGAAGAAGAGAUGAAGGUCUACGCUUCAACACAAUCUACUGAGACCACUCAGAUUUCAAUAGCUCAGGUUUUGAAUAUACCUCAGAACAGUGUCAGUGUCUCGUGUAAGCGAUGUGGUGGGGGUUUUGGCGGGAAAGGGAGUCGUGCCGCAGCCAACUCAACAGCUUGUGCUCUGGCGGCUUACAUCAUGAACAAGCCUGUGCGUUUAAGAAUGAACUUGAAAACGAACAUGGAAAUGAUCGGAAAGAGAUAUCCUUACUUGGCGAAGUACAAGAUUGGGGCUGCGAAAGAAGGAUUAUUGAAAGGCAUUGAUCUCACAUGUUACGCAGCUUGUGGAAUUGCAACAACUGAAUGCUACAUUCCCAUGUUUCCUAUUUUAAUGGAUAAUGCGUAUUAUUGUGAAAAUUGGAAAUUUCAAGGCGUUCCCUGCAAGACAAACACAGCAACCAGCAGCUAUACGCGUGCACCAGGUCGAUUACCAGCGACCUUUAUUGCCGAAACAAUGAUGAAUCACUUGGCCAAAACACUGAACAUGAGCCAGGAUGAGAUACGAGAAAUCAAUUUUUACAAGAAAGGACGGACAACAUACUAUCAUCAACCUUUGCUAUACUGCAACAUGACUGAAAUAUGGCAAGAAUUGAAGAAAUCAAGUGAAGUUGACAAACGUAGAACCGCUAUUGAAUCAUUCAACAAGGAAAAUCGUUGGCGUAAGCGAGGAAUAAGUUUAGUGCCAAUGAGAUGGGGCGUGGAAUAUAAACGAGGGUUUCGAUACACCGCCUAUGUCGCAAUAUUUCGUAAAGAUGGAACAAUGGCCAUAUCACAUGGAGGAGUUGAAAUAGGACAAGGGAUAGACACAAAGGUUUGCCAAGUCGCUGCUUACACACUCGGUUUUGGUCUGACUGUUGAUAAGAUCUCAAUUAAACCAGCAACAAGUUUUCUUAAUCCAAAUGGUUCAACAACUGCGGCAAGUAUAACAAGUGAAUUAUGUUGUGAGGCGAUCAUACAAUGCUGCAAUAUGCUCAAGGAAAGAAUAUCACCUGUAGCAAAAGAUAUGCCACAAGCCACGUGGGCUGAGAUCAUUCACAAGUGUUAUGAAAAGGGUGUUGAUUUGUCUGCAAAAUACAUGAUAUUACCAAAGCCUCCUCAGCCAGCUUUUAAUUAUAACAUUUUCGCUGCGACUUGUACAGAGGCGGAGAUUGAUGUGCUCACUGCGGUGACCAAACACUUUGCUGAAAGACAUUUGGCCGAAAGACACUUUGCCGAACGGAUAUUUUGCCGAUCGGAGAUUUCACAGAAAAGCCAGAUAUUUUGCCGAACAGACUAUUUUGCCGAAAAUAGCGAUACUUUGAGCAUUUUUAUAUUCCUUGUCAUGAAUCCUGAAAUUGACAUUGGACAAGUGGAAGGAGCAUUCAUCAUGGGUCUUGGUUAUUGGUUGACUGAGAAAGCAAUAUAUGAUCCUCUGUCCGGUCAGAAACUUACCAAUGGAACAUGGGAUUACCACCCCCCGUCUUCGAAAGACAUUCCAAUAGAUUUCCGGGUGAAUCUUCUUAAAGAUGCUCCAAACCCGCUUGGAGUUCUUGGCUCAAAAGCUGCUGGUGAACCACCUCUGUCUAUGUCAUCUUCGUGUUUGUUCGCUGUGCAAGAUGCGAUAUAUCACGCUCGUGAAGAGACUGGGCAAGACAAAGAUUACUUUCCGCUUGACGGCCCAGCUACAGUUGAGGUCACUCAGUUGAAGUGUUUAGUCCAUCCUUCACAAUUUAUUAUGUAA